AUGUUUAAAGGUAAACGAUAACACAUGCAUCACCAAAUCUUGAAGCUGGGACAAGUACACAGUGUACUGUCUACUAAGUCUACAUUUCUGCUCACUCAGGAGUUCAGUUCCAUCUUAAAGCAACGCCAACAUCUGGGCCUCAGUGUGGUUAUGCAAGGCUAGGGCUGCGUCCCAAAUGUCACCUUAUUCCCUAUGUAGUGUGUAGGGAAUAGGGUGGCAACUUGAUCCCCAACUUGCACUGCCUCUGAAAUACAGAAACUUGUACCAGUUGAUUUCCAUUGUAUUUCAGCAUUUUGUCUGAGCAGAUUUGGAUGUGGAAGAUGGACGUUUGCAUCUACAUGUUGCAUGCUAUUUCUGUAGGCUGUGUCAAUUGGUUACCCUCUGGAUGAAUGAGUGAUGAACCACUGAAGGUGAUAACAUGGGCCAAGUGUGCAUCACUCUGGACAGCAGGUCAGAGGAAUGCAUUAUAUGGAUCCUUGCUAAAUGGGCCAUGUUACAAUUCCCAGAAGUGGGAUGGCGGCUGUGAGGCCAUCGGAACGCACUUCCCGGACGUGUGAGGGGGCUGAGUAGUUGAAGCACGGGGACAUGCAUUCCCAUUGGGAGGGGGCAGUGUAGCGAUCCUCGCUCUAUUAGCCAUGUUACAAUUCCCAGCAAGGGGGUUAACCUUAUUAGCAUGAUGCGUAGGGUGUUUGCUUUCCUGCCCUGCCGUUUGCUACAGUAUUAUGAAUGAGAGUAUAUUCAGUUCACUUCCAAGACUAUUGCCAUCUUGGACAGGUUUCUCUUGCAAAAGAGAUUUUAACUGUGAGACUAAAUUGUAUAUAUAUAAAGGUUAAAAGAUGACGGUACCCAAUAAUGACAUUUGAGAAUGAAUGUUGAAUUAUCAUAUAGGGUAUCCGAAUUUAAGGAUCUCAGAUGAUAUAGUGAAUAUAUUGAAGUAUUUAUUUGUUUGAAGACAAUAUGUACCCUAAUGCAUAUCAUUUUGAAUUAGACAAGAUGUUUGAGGCCGCAAUUAGCUUAAAUGCACAUAAUUACAAAUGAGCUACAGAGUACUCUGCCUGUAGCAAACGUGUGACUGAUUGUCUGGCUGUUCACUUCACUUUCCAGUUCUCUAUUCAAAGGACAAAAUUAAGGACCACCCUUUGUUUUUUUUGCAGUUCUCUUUGUAGAGGCAGACAUUCUUAACUCCCCUGCCAUCUUUUCUGUCUGGCUGUCAGGUUUUAGUAAGGCUUUGGGUUUGUUCUUAACGCGUGAGUUAGUCACAUCAAAGCCAAAAUAAGUUUCAUAUGAUGAAGGGUAGGUAUAAAGCUAGAGAUUAUCAAGACAAGCAAAGACAAAGACAGGAAUGACUUAAACAGUUUUUGAUUAGAUAAUAUAAACUAGAGUUUUAGGUGGAACAUGUCAUGACUAAGCCCAUGUCGAUAAGCUUUAGAAAGUGGAAAAUAUGCAAAGCCCUGCUGUUCUUCUGGUCUGUAUGGUGUGCAAGGUCUUUCCACUCACACAAAAUGUAGAUUGUUUUAGAGUUGCGGAUAGUGAUGGGGAAAAAUCGAUACAGUUACAUAUCGAGAUAUUUUUUAUCAAACUAUCGUAUUGUUUUGACAAUAUAACAAUAUUAUUUUUGCGCUAGUUGGUUGUACCUGCACCAAAACUCCAGUAUUUUUUCUUCAUAGCUUGUUCUCCAUCUUAUUUUUUAAAUAGGAAGCCAAUUUGUUUUCAGCACUUUAAUUUCCAUGACUGAUCAAAACUUGUUUUUUCAUGGCUCUCUCUUGUCCCUCUGCAGCAGACAUACAGUGCAUUCAGAAAGUAUUCAGACCCCUUGACUUUUUCCACAUUUUGUUAAGUUACAGCCUUAUUCUAAAACUGAUUAAAUUGUUUACCUCCCCCCUGAUCAACCCACACACAAUACCCCAUUAUGACAAAGCAAAAACAGGUUUUUAGAAAUGUUAGCAAAUAAAAAUAAAAAUAACCAAGAAAUAUUACAUUUACAUAAGUAUUCAGACCCUUUACUCAGUACUUUGUUAAAGCACCUUUGGCAGCGAUUACAGCCUCGCAUGUUCUUGGGAAUGACGCUACAAGGUUGGCACACCUGUAUUUAGGGAGUUUCUCCCAUUCUUCUCUGCAGAUCAUCUCAAGCUCUGUCAGGUUGGAUGGGAGCGUCGCUGCACAGCUAUUUUCAGGUCUCUCCACAGAUGUUAGAUCUGGUUCAAGUCCGGGCUCAGGCUGGGCCACUCAAGGACAUUCAGAGACUUGUCCCGAAGCCACUCCUGUAUUGUCUUGGCUGUGUGCUUAGGGUCGUUGUCCUGUUGGAAGUCGAACCUUCGCCCCAGUCUGAGGUCCUGAGCGCUCUGGAGCAGGUUUUCAUCAAGGAUCUCUCUGUACUUUGCUCCGUUCAUCUUUCCCUCGAUCCUGACUAGCCGCUGAAAAACAUCUGCCACCACCAAAGUAAUUUAAUCAAUUUUAGAAUAAGGCUGUAACGUAACAAAAUGUGGAAAAUGUGAAGGGGUCUGAAUACUUUCUGAAUGCACUGUAUGGUGAGCAAUAUGUUUGGCACAUCGAAUUGCAAUAAAAUCACAGUAUCGAAUCGCAAUACAUACAGUACCAGUCAAAAGUUUGGACACACCUACUCAUUCAAAGAUUUUUCUUAAUUUUUUUUAUUAUUUUCUACAUUGUAGAAUAAUAGUGAUGACUUCAAAACUAUGAAAUUAGACAUGGAAUCAUGUAGUAACCAAAAAAGUGUUAAACAAAUCAAAAUAUAUGUUAUAUUUGUGAUUCUUCAAAGUAGCCACCCUUUGCCUUGAUGACAGCUUUGCACACUGUUGGCAUUCUCUCAACCAGCUUCAUGAGGUAGUCACCUGGAAUGCAUUUCAAUUAACAGGUGUGCCUUGUUAAAAGUUAAUUUGUGGAAUUUGUUUCCUUCUUAAUGCGUUUGAGCCAAGGUGACAAGGUAGGGGUGGUAUACAGAAGAUAGCCCUAUUUGGUAAAGACCAAGUACAUAUUAUGUCAAGAAUAGCUCAAAUAAGCAAAGAGAAAUGACAGUCCAUCAUUACUUUAAGACAUGAAGGUCAGUCAAUCCGGAAAAUGUCAAGAACUUUGAAAGUUUCUUCAAGUGCAGUCGUAAACCAUCAAGCGCUAUGAUGAAACUGGCUCUCAUGAGGACCACCACAGGAAUGGAAGACCCAGAGUUACCUCUGCUGCAGAGGAUAAGUUCAUUAGAGUUGCCAGUCUCAGAAAUCGGCAAUUAACUGCACAUCAGAUUGCAGCCCAAAUAAAUGCUUCACAGAGUUCAAGUAACAGACACAUCUCAACAUCAACUGUUCAGAGGAGACUGCGUGAAUCAGGCCUUCAUGGUCGAAUUGCUGCAAAGAACCACUACUAAAGGACACCAAUAAGAAGAAGAGACAUGCUUGGGCCAAGAAACACGAGCAAUGGACAUUAGACCGGUGGAAAUGUGUCCUUUGAGAUUUUUGGUUCCAACUGCCAUGUCUUUGUGAGACGCAGAGUAGGUGAACGGAUGAUCUCCGCAUGUGUGGUUCCCACCGUGAAGCAUGGAGGAGGAGGUGUGGGGGUGCUUUGCUGGUGACACUAUUAUUUAGAAAUCAAGACACACUUAACCAGCAAGCCUACCACAGCAUUCUGCAGCGAUACGCCAUCCCAUCUGGUUUGGGCUUAGCGGGACCAUCAUUUGUUUUCAACAGGACAAUGACCCAACACACCUCCAGACUGUGUAAGGGCUAUUUUACCAAGAAGGACAGUGAUGGAGUGCUGCAUCAGAUGACCUGGCCUCCACAGUCCCCGACCUCAACCCAAUUGAGAUGGUUUGGGAUGAGUUGGACCGCAGAGUGAAGGAAAAGCAGCCAACAAGUGCUCAGCAUAUGUGGGAAUUCCUUCAAGACUGUUGGAAAAGCAUUCCAGGUGACUACCUUAUGAAGCUGGUUGAGGUGUGCAAAGCUGUCAUCAAGGCAAAGGGUGGCUAUUUGAAGUGUUUAACACUUUUUUGGUUACUACAUGAUUCCAUAUGUGUUAUUUCAUAGUUUUGAUGUCUUCACUGUUAUUCUACAAUGUAGAAAAUAUUAAAAAUAAAGAAAAACCCUUGAAUGAGUAGGUGUUUCCAAACUUUUGACUGGUACUGUAUAGAAUCUUGAAAAUUGCAAUACAUAUCGUAUUGGCACCUAAGUUUCGUGAUAAUAUCAUAUUUUGAGGUCCCUGGCAAUUCCCAACCCUAAUGUUCAUGUAGUAAUGAAAGAAAUGAUUGGCAGAUAGCCUAGAGGUUAUGUCAUAAAAUUAUUAGUCAGAAGAGGGCAUGUUGCCAUAUUCAACUUAGGCUAAUUGUACAUGUUGAUGAAGAUGUACUGUUCUUUUCUUCAAUGACGUGUGUUCUGCAUUUUUAAUGCCAAAAUCUGAGUUGAUCAGUGAUGACUGAUUUUCCAAAUUGCAUGUAGUCAAAUUAGGACCCAUAGCGAUACAUAAUCUAAUCAAGACAUGUAAUGUAAUGUAAUUCCCACUGAUAAAAAAAUAAAAAAUAAAGAAUGUGGGCUUAAUUAAUUUUCGGAAGGUAUUUAAUUGCACUUUUUUGUUAAAUCAUGUGUAUAUUCUGUUUGCCACUGUUUAAUUAAAACGUCUGCUUUCUGUUGCAGUGAUGUUUACUCUUACAGAGGUAGCUGCCCUGAAUGACAUCCAGCCAACCUAUCGGAUCCUGAAACCAUGGUGGGACGUCUUUAUGGACUACCUGGGCGUCGUCAUGCUGAUGCUGGCCAUAUUUUCUGGAACCAUGCAGUUAACCAAAGACCAGGUGGUUUGCCUUCCCAUCCUGGAACAAGCUUCAGAGGACCCCAGCGGCUUCACGACACCGCAGCCAGCGGAGGGGUCUGGUUCUGGGUCAGGGAACGGAGGAAGCAGGGUGACGCUAGCUGCCGCUCCACUAAUGACUAAAGAUCUGCCGGAUAGUGUUGUUCAUCAGAUCCACUUUACACAGUCUGGUGGUGUUAGACAGCCGCCUCCUCCAACAGGCGUCAGGACAAACCUGGACUUUCAGCAGUAUGUUUUUGUCAAUCAGAUGUGCUACCAUGUCGCCCUGCCGUGGUAUUCUAAAUACUUCCCAUACCUUGCUCUCAUACACACCAUCGUCCUCAUGGUCAGCAGUAACUUCUGGUUCAAAUAUCCAAAGACUUGUUCGAAAAUAGAGCAUUUUGUGGGGAUUCUGGGGAAGUGUUUUGAGUCUCCUUGGACAACCAAGGCUUUAUCUGAGACGGCGUGUGAGGACUCAGAGGAGAAUAAGCAAAGGCUCACUGGUGCCCCUUCCCUGCCAAAACAUUUCUCAACCAGCAGUGAAGAGGGAAGUCCUAACCAGUCCACCCCGAUGCUGGCUAAGUCUGGGGUGAAGUUCACUGCUGAUAAACCUGUCAUUGAAGUCCCAUGCAUGAACAUACUAGACAAUAAAGAUGGAGAGCAGGCCAAGGCCCUAUUUGAAAAGGUUAGGAAGUUCCGUACCCACGUGGAAGACAGUGAUUUGAUCUACAAGCUCUACGUUGCCCAAACAGUGAUCAAAACGGUGAAGUUCAUUUUGAUCUUGUGUUACACAAUGACGUUUGUUGCUGCCAUUGACUUUGACCAUGUGUGUGAGCCUGACAUAAAACAUUUAACUGGGUACACUAAAUUCCAAUGCACACAUAACAUGGCAUUCAUGUUAAGGAAGCUGCUUGUCAGCUAUAUUUCCCUUGUCUGUAUAUACGGCCUCAUCUGUAUAUACACUCUCUUCUGGCUCUUUCGACGACCUCUCAAGGAGUACUCUUUUGAGAAAGUCAGAGAGGAGAGUAGCUUCAGUGACAUUCCUGACGUGAAGAACGACUUUGCGUUUCUCUUGCACAUGGUCGAUCAGUACGACCAGCUGUACUCUAAGCGUUUUGGCGUCUUCCUCUCUGAAGUCAGUGAGAACAAGCUGCGGGAGAUCAGCUUGAAUCACGAGUGGACAUUCGAGAAACUGAGACAGCAUGUAACCCGCAACGCUCAGGACAAACUGGAGCUCCAUCUCUUCAUGCUGUCAGGUCUGCCAGACGCUGUCUUUGACCUGACCGAUCUGGAGAUCCUGAAGCUGGAGUUGAUCCCAGAGGCCAGGAUAACAGCUAAGAUCUCCCAGAUGAUCAACAUUCAGGAGCUGCACUUCUACCACUGUCCUGCCAAAGUCGAGCAGACUGCGUUCAGUUUCCUUCGUGACCACCUCCGGUGCCUUCAUGUCAAGUUUACAGACGUAGCCGAGAUCCCCACUUGGGUGUACCUGUUGAAAAGUCUGAGGGAGCUGUACUUGGUCGGGAAUCUGAAUUCUGAAAACAACAAGAUGAUAGGCUUAGAAUCUCUCAGAGACCUGAGGCAUCUAAAGAUUCUGCAUUUAAAAAGCAAUUUGACGAAGGUUCCGACCAACAUAACAGAUCUCUCUCCACACCUGCUCAAGCUGGUGGUACACAAUGACGGUACUAAACUCCUGGUACUGAACAGUUUGAAGAAAAUGAUGAACCUAGCUGAACUGGAGCUUCACAACUGUGAACUGGAGAGGAUACCCCAUGCUAUUUUCAGUUUGACCAACCUGCAGGAGCUGGACCUGAAAUCCAACAACAUUCGCACCAUUGAGGAGGUCAUCAGCUUCCAGCACCUCAAGAGGCUGAUCUGCCUCAAACUGUGGCACAAUAAAAUCAUUACCAUUCCAUUGUCCAUAAGCCAUGUCAAAAACCUUGAGUCCCUCUAUCUUUCGCACAAUAAACUUGAAUCUCUGCCUGUACCCUUGUUUAACCUGCUCAAGCUGAGGUAUCUGGACAUUAGCCACAACUCCAUAGUGGUGAUUCCGCUGGAGAUUGGUUUCAUGCAGAACCUCCAGCACUUUGCCAUUACAGGCAACAAGGUGGAGGUAGUACCCAAGCAACUGUUUAAGUGCACCAAACUGAGGACACUAUGUCUGGGACACAACUGUAUCGCCAUCCUUCCAGAGAAGAUCAGCAAUCUGGUGCAGCUAACAAACCUGGAGCUGAAGGGAAACUGUCUGGACCGCCUGCCGCCCCAGCUAGGCCAGUGUCACCUCCUCCGCAGGAACUGCCUGGUGGUGGAGGACCACCUGUUUGACUCACUCCCCCUAGAGAUCAAGGAGAGUAUCAAUCAGGAAGUCAACGUACCCUUUGCUAAUGGGGUGUGA